AUGGGCAAAUGUGUUGGUAUACUAGCUUUACAGGGUGCCUUCAUAGAGCACAUACAACAUCUUGAGAAAUGUAUAACAGAAAACAAGUACGAUCUGAGUGUUACCACGGUGAAGACGCCUGAAGAACUGGAAAUAUGUGAUGCAUUGAUUAUACCUGGUGGUGAGUCCACGUCCAUGUCAUUAAUCGCACAAAGAACAGGGAUGUAUCCUCAUCUGUUGAAGUUUGUACAUGAUCCAAGCAAAGCUAUAUGGGGUACAUGUGCUGGACUAAUUUAUCUGUCAAAGGAACUCUCGAAUGAAAAGGAACUUGUAAAGCCGCUGAAUUUAUUGAAGGUUAAGGUUAAGAGAAAUGCAUUCGGUAGACAAGCUCAAUCCUUCAUUAAGGAUUGUGAUUUUUCAAGCUUUAUCCCAGACUGCACUGACUUUCCUACUGUUUUCAUUAGAGCACCAGUCAUUGAAACAAUUCUUGAUCCGCAAGAAGUAUUGCCACUAUACACGUUAGAUAAUGGCUUGAUUGUUGCCGCGACUCAGGGUAAAAACAUAUUGGCGACAUCAUUUCAUCCGGAAUUAGCUGAAAAUGACAGCAGGUUUCAUGAUUGGUUUAUCAAAAAAUUUGUACUCAAACAACUAUGA